AUGGUCCAGACGUGUUACGAAUCAGUCACGUCCUCUGCCCCAAUCACCUUUAUAGUCGGAUCCGAUGAACGCCGCUUCACGCACCACAGCGGCGCAAUCCGCCAGUGGUUUCCGAAUCUGGUUGUCUGGCCGGACCCGGAAACCUCCUUCGAGCGAUGUGGCGAGACCCUGCUUGGAUACCGCCCCGAAGAAGAAGUGUAUGCGUGGCAGUACAUCGACGCAGCCACCUUUAGCCGCUUCGCCGAGUUCCUCUAG